ACGCGCAGUUUCAUUCGGAAGACAGCUCGGUUCGGUCGCGUAAUCAUUAGGCUCUCACAGAGCACGGGUCGUCACAGUAGGCUCACGGGUUGACAAAAAAAUCUAUUUUUUUUUGUGUGCAAGUGAAAAACGAAGAUUUUGCACUUUUCCAAGGAGUUUUCGCAAGUGACUCGAUUGGGAACGCAGAGUUUACGGAUUGUUGUACUGUUCGAAGACGCGAGUGAAGUGAAAAUCCAGGUGGAAGUUAAGAAAAAAUCCAAGUUCAAUUCCUGGUACAGUGGGAGAAAAAAAAACAUGAGCAGAAUGGCCUCCAAGAAAUCGUCCUACGGUUACGAAGACGAUGAGGAAAAUGAUGACUCCUCUGAAACGGAUUUUGACGAUGACGAAGAUCCAGAUGCGAUUGAAGUUCCAGGUGGUGGUAUAGAUUUAGCCACAGUGGCCACAUUGACAAAACAGAAAGUGGACACUGCCCUGAAGGUACCUAUGGGUAGCGUGCCGGCGUCGAACGUAUCAUCCAAGUCGACUGGUAAGAUUCCCAGCGGCUUAGUCACAAAACCAGUCACAACUGGGGGCGGCUACGAAGUUAUCCGACAGCCAAAUCUUCUCAAACAGCCUGGUGCUGGCGGCAGUGCAUAUGGAAUGGGUGGUGGUAGCAGUGGAAUGAGUUCCUCAUCUUCGGUUGGUAGUAUUGGUAGUAGUUUGUCUAAUCCGGGUGCUAGCACUACUGUCAAGAUGGCAAUGCAAUCUGCGAUACCCACCGGGACGCUUCCACCAGGAGCGACCAGCAUUUUAGGUGGGCUUGGUAGCUAUUAUCCACCAAGUAUUGCCACUCUACUGGCGCAAAUGGGUAUGGCGGCAUCACUCGGAUUCGGUGGCAGUUCGUCGAUGAACAACAUAAAUCACAUGACAAGCAAUCAAAUCCUAAUGGAGCAGGUGAAGGCACUGCUGACCGCCAACCCGCACUACUUGACCAGUGGUAUACCGACGAACCUAAUCUCCCAGAUCUUGAUGGCCGACACAGCAAAGGUACAACAACAGCCGGUGUUCAAUCAUCUUAUACAGCCACCAGAAGAAGAGGAAGCGGAAGAGGAAGAAAUGGGCGUUGCCGAAACGUAUGCCGAAUAUUGGCCGGCGAAACUGAAAAUCGGCAAAAAGCAUCCCGACCCGGUGGUGGAGACCGCCUCGCUGUCUUCGGUGGAACCGUCCGACGUGUAUUACAAAAUAUCGAUACCGCCGGAGCCUAUCAACGCCGGCCAAUUGAGCGCCCUCCAGUUGGAAUCGAUUACCUAUGCCAGUCAAGCACAUGACCACCUGCUGGCGGAUGGUUCUAGAGCUGGUUUUCUGGUGGGAGACGGCGCUGGUGUGGGUAAGGGUCGAACAAUCGCCGGAAUAAUCUAUGAGAACUAUUUGAAAGGUCGGAAAAAAUCUAUCUGGAUCUCAGUUUCCAAUGACCUACGCUAUGAUGCCGAACGGGACUUGCGGGAUAUCGGUGCCAGCAGAAUUAACGUGUACGCUUUAAAUAAGUUAAAAUAUGCCAAAAUAAACUCCUCCGCAAAUAACAACAUCAAGAAGGGUGUCAUAUUUGGCACCUAUUCGGCGUUGAUCGGUGAAUCGCAGAGCACUACCGGAAAGUACAAGACUAGGCUCAAACAGUUGCUGCAGUGGUGCGGCGAAGACUUCGACGGCGUAAUCGUAUUCGACGAGUGUCACAAGGCGAAAAACCUGUGCCCCGUGGGAUCGAGCAAGCCAACCAAGACUGGUCUCACGGCGUUGGAGUUGCAGAAUAAGUUGCCCAAGGCUCGUGUAGUUUAUGCUUCCGCUACAGGAGCUUCGGAACCUAGAAAUAUGGCGUAUAUGGUGCGUCUCGGAAUCUGGGGAACGGGAACUGCGUUUUCAAAUUUUAUGGAUUUUAUCUCUGCUGUCGAAAAGAGAGGCGUUGGGGCGAUGGAGAUAGUGGCAAUGGAUAUGAAACUGCGUGGCAUGUACAUUGCACGGCAGCUGAGUUUUCACGGGGUCACCUUCAAGAUAGAGGAAGUACCGCUGACGAAAGACUUCCAACGAGUGUAUGAUGAGUCGGUAGAAUUGUGGGUGGAAGCCAUGCAAAAGUUCACGGAAGCCGCCGAACUGAUCGAUGCGGAGAAUCGCAUGAAGAAGACCAUGUGGGGACAAUUUUGGUCGGCUCAUCAACGGUUCUUCAAGUAUCUCUGCAUUGCAUCCAAGGUCAACCAUGCGGUGCGUGUGGCGCGGGAAGCUAUCAAGUAUGGGAAAUGUGUUGUCAUUGGUUUGCAGUCCACAGGCGAGGCUCGUACCCUGGAACAAUUGGAGAGAGACGACGGAGAACUGACUGAUUUUGUGUCGACGGCAAAGGGUGUAUUCCAAUCACUAGUUGAAAAGCACUUUCCGGCGCCGGACCGAAGUCGCAUCAAUCGCCUUCUCGGGCUGGAAGGACCCAAAAAGACUCAGCUGGAAAGCCUACUAGAGGAAAUAGACUCGAAACCAUCGGCGAGUGGUGAUCUCAAGCGUAAAAAUUUGCUUUCGAAAAAUGAUAGCAGCCCUCCUACGAAGCAGAAGAAAACGCACCGAAUUUCGUCCGGUAGCGAUUCGAACAGUGAUUCCGACUCUGAUGCGAAAGCAUCGGAUAGCGAUCGGGAUGAUAGCAAUAAUGAUUCGGAUAGCGGCCAAAGCGAUGACUACAAUCCGUUUGGAUUUGCAGGAUCCGACAGUGAUGAUGAUCCUUGGGUUGGAAAGGCCACCAAAGCCAAGCCAAAGAAGCCGAAAAGUCCGAAAAAGAAACCAGUUUCAACGCAGGACAAAAUUCAAGCUCAUCUAUCGAAAAAACAGUCUGAAACGAAGCCGGUGCUGUUCAAAGCGAGCAACGGUAUCUCUAUCCAGCUUGGUCCGCCACCCAAGGAUGCCAUCGAGCGGGCUUGCCAAAUGAAGGAUGAAUUGCUGGCGAAAAUUGAACGACUUGGGGACCGUUUGCCGGCGAACACUCUCGAUCAGCUGAUUGAUGAAUUAGGUGGUCCAGAAAAUGUAGCUGAAAUGACCGGUCGAAAGGGCCGAGUAGUUCAAACAGAUGACGGGGUUCAGUACGAGUCGCGAUCAGAGCAGGACGUUCCUUUGGAGACUCUUAAUAUAACGGAGAAACAACGCUUCAUGGACGGCGAGAAGGACGUCGCUAUCAUAUCGGAAGCGGCAUCUAGCGGUAUUUCGCUGCAAAGUGAUCGACGAGUGAGAAAUCAGCGUCGACGCGUUCAUAUUACCCUUGAACUCCCCUGGUCGGCCGAUCGCGCCAUUCAGCAGUUUGGCCGAACGCAUCGAUCCAACCAGGUUAAUGCACCAGAGUACAUGUUCCUUAUUUCCGAUCUCGCUGGUGAGCGACGGUUUGCGUCAACGGUAGCUAAACGACUCGAAUCGCUGGGUGCCCUGACCCAUGGAGACCGACGAGCCACGGAAACUCGAGACUUGUCACAAUUCAACAUCGACAAUAAGUAUGGUCGGUCAGCACUCGAAUCGGUUAUGAAAACCAUUAUGGGCUACGAGCAACCGCUAGUUCCUCCACCAAGCGACUACAGAGGCGACUUUUUCAAAGACAUUGCCGGAGCCCUGGUCGGGGUUGGUUUGAUCGUCAACAGCGAACAGAUGCCCGGGAUGUUAAGCUUGGACAAGGACUACAACAAUAUUUCAAAGUUCCUCAAUAGAAUACUGGGUAUGCCGGUAGAACUGCAAAAUAGACUGUUUAAGUACUUUACGGACACCCUGGCGGCCAUUAUCGAACAGGCCAAGAAACGAGGACGAUUCGACUUGGGAAUUUUGGAUCUUGGAGCGGCUGGUGAAAAUGUUACGCGGAUUAAGAUUACCAAAUUCAUCCGGAAGCACUCGACUGGCGUAGCCCCCACGGAGUUGCACACUGUUCAAGUUGAACGAGGAAUGAUUUGGCAAGAAGCCAUUGAUAAGUGGGCAGAUCUGGGCGGUGAGAAAGAAGGAUUCUACCUGUCCAAACAGGCGCGAAAUGCAAAGCAUUCCGCAGUGUUGGCAGUGGAAGUAGAGAUCACAACCAGCGCCAACAAGAAGAAAACGGAACCGAAGAGCAAGAAGGACAUCAUGUUCCAAAUAUACCGACCGAACACUGGCUUGCAGGUCAAGCACGAAUCCCUGGACGAACUGGAGAAAAAGUAUAAGAAAGUUCUCAGCGAUGAAGCCGAACCGCACUGGACGCGGCAGUUUGAUGCCUCGGUCAAUACCUGUUCGCACAGCUACUGGAAGGGGAUGUGUCGAUACGUGACUAUGGGGCAAGAUUGCGAGAUCGGUCUUCGGAGGAGAACCUACUACGUUUUGUCCGGUUCUGUACUGUCCAUAUGGACCCGAGUGGAACGGAACCUUGCCGCUCGGGCGGGAAGCCAAAACCGCAUGCAAGUAAUUCGACUGAAAACCAAGGAAGGCAACAAAAUUGUUGGAACGCUUAUUCCCAAGAAUUGCGUUGAACUGUUGACUACAGACUUGGCUAGUGAUUCGGAGAAGGUCGAAGAGCAGUCCUUCAUGGGUAAGUAAAUCAGGAGGAUGCAUUUGACCGUCUCUCCCGAAACAACCGAUACACACGUGAUAGUACACCUAAGCGAGUCCUGUGUGAGUAGAUAUUAUGAUUAUUGUGUAAUAACUGGUCUGAAAACGAAUCACUCGCUGGUUAUCCAGCGCCCAUCUCAUAAUCCGGUCAAUCUUUACGGAAAACUAUGUAUGUGUUACACCUUUUAUCAAACUGCAAAAGCGUAAUCUUUAUCAUUGACAGUGGAAAUGUAUCCCAUUAGAUGGAGAAUAAUCUUAGCCUCAGCAAAAUAAUUAUGUGUGCGAGUGAGUGAAAGUGAUUUGUUGUAGAUUACAGUUAUCGAGUGACAGUUAUUAUGGUAUAUAUUAACAAAUUUUCCGCACGAAAUGUUUUACAAGCCAAAAAUUCGUACGCCCCUCGUUUUGUUAUUGUUUGGUAUUUUUGUUUUCUUUAGCGUUGGUCACCCUUGACUUCCCUUUCUGACAAAUAGCUACUGAAUGAAAUUUGGUACACACAAGGUUUAUUUUUAAAAUUCAAGUUAUUAUUAAAAUGUACAAAAUAAAUAAGUAGAAGUUAACUCGUAGGGUUAUAUCAAAUAGAAUAUGACAUUUAAAAUAGAGAAUAAAAAACUCAUUGUGAUGAAUGGAGAGAA